GUUACCAUUGUUGGAGUGGCUCUCCUCAUCUCCACCACUACGGGUCACUGGUUUACUUUAGCUAUCGGAUUGGCCCGCAACUUAACCCGGCCCACGGUUGCUCUCGAACCUCUCUGGACUCUGGCUUUCAAACAAUCAAGACCGUCAGGUCGGUCCAUCUUCCGCAGUCAAACCUCUGGCAUUCUAUGGUCUCAUCUCAUCAUGUCCUCACGUCCUUAGGAGAUCUCAGCGUUGCACUUUGGCGUUGCUUGCUAUCUUUCCUAGUCCUCGUUUAAAAAACAAAAAGAAAUAAAAAAUACAAACCCUAGAGGAGGGAUUGGGCAAUUCUCGGCUUCUUUCUCUUCUCUUGUUUUCUUUCUCGGUGGUCUGUCUCUCUGCCGUUACUCCAAGUUUCAAAUCUAGCUCUGCUUUAGAGGGAUACAAUUAGGGUUAGGGUUAGGGUUUUAUUCUUCUUCCCUCGGGUCCGUUUGUUUCUGCAAAAUUUGUUUUUUUGUUUUAAUUCUGAAAUGGGAAAGAGGGAGAAGAUGAAGGGAAAGCUCGAAGAAGAAGAGGAAGAAGCAAGGAAAGCAUCGGUAAUUUUAUUGAGCAGCAGUGACGACGAAGAGGCGAACAAGGAUUUGAGCCUUGAGAUUGUUAAUAGAGCGAGGAUGCGUGAAGCCAAGAGAAAACGGGAGGAGGAUUCCAGUGAAAUCGCUGGCACUAGUGAGGUUCGAUCAGCUAUUGUUAUUAACCUCUCUUCCUCUUCUUCUGAGGAAGAAGUUGGAGGUCGGUGUGGCGCUGGUGAUGUUGGUGAAGCGCCGACGGCGGUAGUGGUGGAGGUGAAGAAGAAGAAGAAGAAAAAGAAGAAGAAAAUCAAUAAGCUUGAAGCUGAAGAACGGACUGUUGGAUAUUUAAAGGAAGGAGACCAGGUAGAAAUGGUUCAAGCUGUUGAAACAGUAGAAUCUGUAGAAACAGAAGCUGUAACUGAUAAACCUGUGGAAGCAGGAGAGGUUGAUAUAUCAGACAAUAUUGAGCUCCGAAAGGAGGAAGCAGGAGCGGUUGAGAUAUCGGACAAUAUUGUUCUCCGAAAGCUUCUUCGGGGACCGAGAUAUUUUGAUCCUCAGGAAGGAAGUUUCGAUAAGUGCUAUAACUGUGGUGAAGAAGGUCAUACAGCGGCCAGUUGCACCUCAAAAAAGCGGAAGAAGCCAUGUUUUGUCUGUGGGAGCUUUGAGCAUGGCGCCAAACGUUGCAAACAGGGGCUGGAGUGCUUUAUUUGCAAAAGAAAAGGCCAUCGUGCGAAAGAUUGUCCAGAGAAAGACCAACGGGGAUCACAAAAUUCAAAAAUAUGUCUAAGAUGUGGAGAUAUAGGGCAUGAUAUGUAUUCAUGUAGGAAUGAUUAUGCACCUGAUGAUCUUAAGGAAAUACAGUGUUACGUUUGCAAAAAUUUUGGGCAUCUCUGCUGUGUUGGUAUGGAUUGCACUGCUAGAGAAGUUUCUUGUUACAAUUGUGGCCAGUCUGGUCAUACCGGUUUGGGAUGUGCAAAGUCACGUGGUGAAACCAGUGGUACAGGGUCACCUACUUUGUGCUACAAGUGUGGAGAGGAAGGGCACAUUGCACGAGGAUGCACAAAAUUUACUAAGUUUGGUCAGAGGAUGGAUGAGUUGUUAACUCCUACUCGGAAAAAAUUUUCCAACAAAUCUAGAAAUGGAUUUAGAUCUGCGCCGCAUGAUCUUGGGAAAGCUCAUAAAAAGAAAAAUGUUGUUCGAUAUGAAGAAAGAGUGGUGACAACAGCAGUGAAGUCAAAGUGGAGGGGUGGGUGGAUUACUGAUGAUCCAGGAGAUCUGCUCAAUGUUAAAGGCAAAGCAAAUGGUUGGAGGUCUCCUGCGACACCAGCCAAAAAGGAUCAUAAGAUUUCCACCCUAACUGCAGAUGGUCAUUUUUCAAAUUCUCGAUCUCGAAAAAAGUCUAAGCUUCUUUAUGGAACUCCAGGUUCACAUGGUUCAGUCGAUACUUAUCAGCAUAGAUUUUCAGCUUCAAGGUUCGGAAACCAUAGUGUAGGUGCUUUGCGGAGAAAUUAUGAUUGGUAGGAGGGAUCGAUUAAUUAACAUUCAAGUCUUACAAAUGUCCAUUAGGAGUGUUUCUGCAAAUGGAAACGACACUACCAGAUCAACCGUUAAUUUGUAGUUGAUGGGAAGUGGGUAAUUAUGGUGCAAGGUCAAGGUUUCUGGUGCUUUUUGGAGUGCUGCUCUCCUACAUGUACCAUGGCAGAUAAAUUCCUAGAAUCAGGAAAAAUCUUUGGAAUCAAUUUUCUAGAAGCCAUUAUCAUUCUUUAAUUUUUUUGUUUGUUUGUUUGUUUCUUUCCUUCUCUUUCCUUUCUCAGAUGCCUGGCUACAAAGCUUUUCUUAUAAAUGAUGUUGCAGCCAAGUGUGGUAGACGGGAUUUAGCCGGUCCCUAGAAAGCUGUACUUGAAUAGAAUGUAACAUGCACUAGUAUUUCCAAUUUACAACUUCAUUUUUUGACAUACUGUAUCUUGGAGCAGAACAAUGUGUGAACAUGAAAAAAAACAGAAUAGCCAAUUUGCCAAUUUGGUGAAUGUCAGCUGCUAGAUUAACUGUAAGACGUUCCUGA